GCCUAUGGCACAUCCUCCUCCUCCUGUCCCACCGGUUACCGGGGUAUCACCAUAUGUAGCCCCAUCAUCGGUAGCUAUCGUUUCCCUGGGCAUGCCGCUAUUAGGAAGGUUAUCAGCAGGACCUAGUGUCCAGAUUCCUGUACAGAUAGUGUUAUCCCAACCUUUGUCGCAGGUUGCCAUCAGUGGGCAAUCUGUUGUCCCGCAACCUGUGCAGCCGCAAGGGUCACAGCCCCAGCAGCAACAGGUGCAGCAGCCUGUUCCCCAGAGUCCACAGCCAAGUGUGGGACAGAUGCAGGGACAAACACAGUGGGUUCCGAAAACGGCAAUCGCCACUCCUAAACCCUUUUCAGGGGACAAGAGGGGCGAAGACCUCGACACGUGGUUGAGGGUUGUGCCGGUCUAUGUUAGGUGCAAGUUGACCUUGCCGCACGAGGAAGUGCUUGUGGCUGCAUCCUACUUAGAGGGUAGUGCAGCAAGAUGGUUGAGUGGGUUAGUGCAGCUGCAGGGAUACGGUCAUGACUUCCGCGCUUGGGCAGCCAGCCAAAAGCUGGAUGACUUUCUCAAGUUAGUGGAGGAAAUGUGGCAUGAUCCUCAGGAGGCUCAAAAGGCCACUGAUGCGAUCCUGACAUUGAGCUCUCGUUCGUUCAAGUCAGUUAGGGAGGCCACAAACACAGUAGAGCGUCUGAUCUGUGUCCCUGGGGUCCGCUAUGACCCCCAAGUCUUACUGACGACUUACCUGAGGUGUCUGCCGAUGCUAAUUAGGAAUCGGUUGGCAGUAGAGGCUAACAUCAAUGUGCACAACUUUCCAUCGUUCAGCAAGAAGGCCCUAGACCUUGAGGCGAAGAUAGGGCAUGGACACAACCCAUCGACGGGCGGUAGGAAAAAGACACUGCCUCCCAACUGGAAGGCGAAGGGGCGCAUUAUGUUCGUCGACAAUGAUGGUUCAACGACAGAGUUGGACGACGGACCCCAGUUGGGAGCUGGUUCAGAGGCAGGCAGCGUAGAGGCUUCAGAGGGUGGAGUAGUCGCUGCCGUAACACAACAAAAAGGUAAGGGGACUGGUAGACGCCGAGGAGGCUCCCGAUCUAGGAGUCAAGUUGACCCCAAUGCUCCUCCAUGGGAGAAAGCGGGUCUCACAGAGGACGUGUGGAGAGACCGGUACACCCGGCAAGCUUGUAUUCGUUGUGGUCAAUAUGGCCAUAACCAAUUCAAGUGCCGAAAUAAGAAGGUUACGGAGAAGAUCCCACCUACUAUGGGGCAGGCGUGCGAGGCUGCUUUCAGACAUCAGAAGCAUGCGUUGACGCAGUAUGAGGUCUUGAAACUUCCUGAUCCUGACAAGCCGUUUGUGGUUACCACGGAUGCUAGCCAAUAUGGCAUUGGCCUCGUGCUUGCGCAGCAGGAGGCACCGAAGUUGAGGCAAGUUGAGUACAUGUCCAAGAAAAUGUCGUCUCAGAAGUUGGCAAAGUCCACCUAUGAGAAGGAACUCUAUGCGGUGUACAAGGCUUUGACCCAUUGGAGGCACUAUCUCCUUGGGAGGUUCUUCAUCCUCAGGACUGAUCAUCAGACCUUGAGAUGGAUGAGAACACAACCGGUGCUCUCCGACGCUCUAAAGCGUUGGAUCGAAGUCAUUGAGCAGUAUGACUUUGACCCGCAGUAUCUGAAAGGGCAGUACAACAAGGUUGUUGAUGCCUUGUCGCGUAGACCUGAUUUCGCAGGUGCGCUGAUAACUGAGUUCGAUCUGGUGGACGAUGUAACUCACUCUUUGAUGGAAGCCUAUCGCGAGGACCAGUUUAUGUCUGAGAUCAUACAAAAAGACUUCUGCUGAGUUUGAGUUGGUCAACGGCUUUCUGUUUCUUUAGAAGGUAGGGAAUAAACGAUUGUGACUUCC